CCCCGUGAACAAGGUGAAGGCUCGAGGCACCACGUCGCUUGAUAACGACUUUGCCGUUGAAGUUACCCGGAGUUCUGAAGAAUGACUGCGAAAGUGAGACAGUUUUAUGAGCUGACAGCCAAGCUGCUGUCUGGAGACACCUUCAGUUUCGGAACACUGAAGGGGAAAGUUGUGCUGAUUGAAAAUGUGGCGUCUCUCUGAGGAACAACAACCAGGGACUACACUCAGAUGAACGAGCUCCACUCUCGUUAUUCCUCCCAAGGACUUGUUAUUCUGGGUGUCCCCUGCAAUCAGUUUGGACAUCAGGAGAAUGCCAAAAACGAUGAAAUCCUAAGAUCUCUGAAGUAUGUCCGUCCAGGGAAUGGCUUUGAACCAAAGUUUCAGCUUCUUGAAAAGGUGGAUGUGAACGGAGCAGAUGCACACCCCUUGUUUGUCUAUCUGAGAGAAAAGCUCCCAUUUCCCAGUGAUAAUACCAUGGCUCUCAUGACCGAUCCAAAGUUCAUCAUUUGGAGUCCAGUGUGCAGGAAUGACGUUGCUUGGAACUUCGAGAAGUUCCUGGUCAGCCCUGAUGGAGAACCCUACAAGCGCUACAGCAGAAAUUUCCUGACCAUGAAUCUUGAGGCAGAUAUUAAAGAGCUACUCAAGAAGGUCAAGUAAGGUGUGCAUCAAAAACACCCUGUAUGACAGUGAUAAAAUAUCAGUUACAACCAGUCUGGCUCCAAAGAUUAAUCGGUAUUCACACAUCUGUUGCAUUAGUUAAACAUGUUUUCCACAGUUAAAGUGUGUCGCAGUAUUAAAAAGUAUGUGGCCUUUACAAUACAGUGCACUAUGGUUGUUAAGUCUGUUUACUUAAUGAAGACACUCCUCGAAGCCUUUUUUUGUGAGGGAAGUUUCUGAUGAAGAUGUAAAUGACUGACAUGACCACUGUGUAUGAUAAAUUUCUUUGUCGUGAGGAUUUGCCGAAUAAAAUUUCCUGUCAAGAAAA